GCAGUCAACGUUCAGCCUUCAAAUCGCGCAGUUCGGCGCGGCAGCAGCCUCCAUCGGCCGAAACAGCAGCCGACGCAGUCAGUACUCCCAGCAGUCCGUGUGUGCAGGUGCGUGUGUGUAAGUGCGUAUGCGUGAGUGACUCUUGAUCAGUUGCCAUCCGUUGAAGCCACUUGCUGUGCACAGCGCGCGAACGUGCAAGCACUACAGUGCCGAGUGCAAGAAACGAGUGUGAUUCCAAAUCGAAGACAUCUAGUGCUGGGGCGUAUUGGCCCAAAACUCAACUGAAGCUCGAGCUCAAACUCAAAUGGUCUGCAGCAAUUGGCAACAAUUUGAUAAUUUGCCUGAUUACAAAUAGGCGUGGCAGAGGCACUGGCCUAGCGCCAGGCUGCAUGCAGUGUUCCACUGAACUGUUAUUUAGUGCCAUUCAAAACACACAGAAGCACACACACGCAGACAGAAAUUGUGAAACACAGUUGCCGUCGAAUGGUCACGUCUAGGCCAUGUUAUAGUCGUGGCUAAUAAUAAAUGACUCUGCAGUCGGAGGCGCACGGCAAAAAACUGUUGAAAAUAUGCAAUUUCCGUUGGGGAAAUGUGGCAUGACGAUGACUGGGCACAGCUCAGCACACGCCUAGGAGACGUUGAUUUACACAGUGUUUAUGCUGCAUUCGCAAUUGUUGAAGUGCAUAUGUGCCCAUGUGUGUGUGUGCCACCUGCAAAAUGGGAAAUGGGAAAUGCAUAUGCAUAGGCGCCUAACGCUAAUGAAUAGAACAAUCGAGGCCAGCAGCAGCUGCAGCCAUAAUGCUUACAGCCAAUAAGUACACGUCGAGCCACUCAGCCAAAGGACGCAGUAAUUAGACAUAACAAUCAAGGCCAAAAUGCCAUGCCACAAUCGCCUGGCAAAUUAUUGUUCGCUCUGAGAUUGCACUUCGAUUGCACAUACGACCGCACGCAGCGGCUGUAAAAGAACCAGCCAGCUUAUUGUCCCCCACUCCCCACAUCCAACUCGCCUAACUGCCAGCCCCAGCCCCCUUCCCUCGAAAGCAAUAUGAUAAAUGCCGUGAGCGCCGCAACGGCCAUCGCAGCUCUGUCCGCCGCCAUGGCGGCUGCGGCUGCCUCUAAUCAUGGCGGCGGCAGCAGCAGAAACCUCAGCGAGGCCACUUUACUGCCGGGCAGCAGCGCCAGCAGCAGCAGCAAUCACAGUGGCACGGGCAGCCGGCGCAACCACAGCGGGCUGCUGGCCGUCGAUCACCUGCCGCUGCAACUGACAACCGCCAAAGUGGAUCUGGAGCUGGAAAUCGACAUUCAACUGCUGACGAAUGGCUAUGACGGCACUACGCUGACAUCGUACUACAAUGAAACGAGCUGGACUAACGCCUCCGAAAUGGAUACAAUAGUGGGUGAGGAACCGGAAGAGCUCUCGCUUGUGUCAAUUGUAGUUGUUGGCGUCUUUCUAUCGGUGCUGAUAUUCCUCUCGGUCGCCGGCAAUAUUCUCGUCUGCCUGGCCAUCUACACGGAGCGCAGCCUGCGCCGCAUUGGCAAUCUGUUUCUGGCCUCAUUAGCGAUUGCGGAUCUGUUCGUGGCCUCUCUGGUGAUGACAUUUGCGGGCGUCAACGAUUUGCUGGGCUAUUGGAUCUUUGGCGCAGAGUUUUGUGAUACGUGGGUGGCCUUUGAUGUCAUGUGCUCGACAGCAUCCAUUUUGAAUCUGUGCGCCAUAUCCAUGGACCGUUACAUCCACAUCAAGGAUCCGCUCAGAUACGGCCGCUGGGUGACACGCCGGGUGGCUGUUAUAACCAUUGCAGCUAUUUGGCUGCUGGCCGCAUUCGUCUCGUUUGUGCCCAUCUCGCUGGGGAUCCAUCGACCCGACCAGCCGCUGAUUUUCAUGGAUAAUGGCAAGAAGUAUCCCACAUGCGCACUGGACCUGACACCCACGUACGCUGUCGUCUCCAGCUGUAUCAGCUUCUACUUUCCCUGUGUGGUCAUGAUUGGCAUCUACUGUCGGCUUUACUGCUAUGCCCAGAAACACGUGAAGUCAAUUAAGGCGGUAACAAGACCCGGCGAGGUGGCCGAGAAGCAACGAUACAAGAGCAUACGUCGGCCCAAGAACCAGCCGAAGAAGUUCAAGGUGCGCAACCUGCACCACAGCUCGCCCUAUCACGUGUCCGAUCACAAGGCAGCCGUCACCGUGGGCGUCAUAAUGGGCGUGUUCCUCAUAUGCUGGGUGCCCUUCUUUUGCGUGAAUAUCACGGCUGCCUUCUGCAAGACCUGCAUCGGCGGCCAGACAUUCAAGAUACUCACCUGGCUGGGCUACUCGAACUCCGCUUUCAAUCCGAUCAUCUACUCAAUUUUCAACAAGGAGUUCAGGGACGCGUUCAAGCGCAUCCUGACCAUGCGCAAUCCGUGGUGCUGCGCCCAGGACGUGGGCAACAUACAUCCGCGCAAUAGCGAUCGAUUCAUCACCGACUAUGCCGCCAAGAAUGUUGUGGUCAUGAACUCGGGCCGCUCCAGUGCCGAGCUGGAGCAGGUGUCUGCGAUUUGACCAAAACGCGUGGGCAACGCAACCAGCUGGCUUCUGUGCAGUGGCUGCUGCACUGGCAGCGGCUUGAAUGUGGACGACGACGAUGAUGGUGUUCUGACCACACGGUACGUUCCAUGAGAUUCGGUCGCGGCGGCCACAACGACCAUCGUGGAGACAGUGGAGGCCGCACAAAUGGAAACGGAGCUUGUCUAAGCUGGUCAGCAAUUGGGUUCCUACACGCAUCUAUCCAUGCGUAACACUCCCAGCCCAAAGCACGACUACCCCAAUCCCAAAGCAAAUGCAGAGCCUGUAAGUAUUAUCAGCGUAUUCUAGUAUCCUAAGCAAUCUACCACAAACAAGCCGUCAGUCGUGACAGUGUUUAUACUUAAUCGUAUGCCUAAGUUACAACUUGAUAAAUGUGUGAAACAACUACUAAUUAGCAACCGAGUCGUGAUUAGGUCUAAGAUCCCCACACACCAAAGAGCUUCUAAAUACGUGUAGUUGAUCCCCUAAGAUUUUGUUAAGAUGCAUGCCAAGCCACGGCAACAAUCAAUAGCCGUUAACAACGCAAUUUGCAUGUGGCCAAAAGCUCGAGUGACUAACGUUUGCUGUAAUACCAUUGUAGCAUCCCAACAAGGAGCUAAAGUUAUGAUUAGUAUGACUAAGCCUGAUAAGGGCAUCAGUCAGAAAUAUUUCACAAUCGGACAAUAUACAUCCACCCACCCACAAAGACACACACACACACACACACACAUACAGCGAGACAGGGAUUGACACAGUUUCAUUCAAGACUGGCAACUGAACGUGGCACACGCUUGCAUUUUCCGUAUACGGGUAGCAAAUAGAGCUUUACAUUUGAAUUAUUAUUGGAAAUUUAUAUGGCAAAGUGGUAUAUGUCGAGGAGUCAGCGUGCCAUAAAGCUGCCAACUGCACACAUAAAUCAUUCAUUCAGAAUUAUGUCGAUUUGGGAGCAUUAUAAGUAAAAUGCUGAAAUCCCCAGCGUUUACUAUUCCGCUUAUGUUAGUGUCGAAUUUCUCAAUCUGAUUUAUGUUUAUGCAAAUUUAUUGCUUUCAUUCAUUCGGGCUGUCAAACUGUAAGAACAUCAACUAAUAUUCGUUUAAUAAGCACAGUUUUGAUUAGCAAUUCGAGUGUCAGGCAUUCGGUAAAAGGGAUACAACUGUUGAAAGGUGGCUGGAGUUGAAAUUUUAAUUUGCCUUCAACUGUGAUUGACAGACCCUAAAUUGAGGCGCAAUAAAAACGCCAAGUUGCUUAGGGGCUGAGCAUUGCUCCCUGAUUGCCGAAUGAUUUAAUGAGCCGUACCUGAAGCGCCGCAAUGCGGAUUCGCUCUGUUGACGGCGAUAACACCUUAACUACUCAACGCUGCCGCCCCCACUGCCCCUGCCCAGCCGUGUCUGCCUGUCAGACGGCAGAUAAUGAACAUGUGGCCCGCUGGCUGCCCGCCCAGCCGCUGGCACUCGCCGCUGAAGGGAAACAAAUGUAAACAGUUUGCGUUUCAUGCCAAGACAACACAGACCGCGCUCCAUCCUCGGUCAUAUAAUGAAAAAUUACGCUGCCUUAGCUUCUCUUCGUGCUUCUGUCUGCUUUCUUCUGUCUGCUUUGUUUUGCUUUUGGUCUGAGGCUUCAGACACAUUUUCACUUGAGUAUUUGUGUGUGCCGGAAUCCCUUGCGGCACCCUUCAGCCACCUCCUUACCGCAACUCAACUCUUUGCUCUGUUAAUUAUGUGUAGUCCCUGACAAUCCGCUCAAAUAUUCGCAAUCAAGCUUAUGUCUUCUUUUUAUACCCAUUACC